AAACAACCAUUAAAUAAUUGUAUUCUUACAAAAUACAAAGAUGCUUGUUCAAAUAUUAAUUUGUUGUACCAUAAUGGUGCACCUAGCUCAUGGUGCUAAUGUUAAUCAUAUGGUUGAUUACAUUAACAAUUUGGAAACAACAUGGAAAGCUGGCAACAACUUUGUGAGUGAUUUCAAACCUAAAUUAGGAUUAAUACCCGGAUACAAACCACUUGCACCAAGUUCAGAGAUAACUUAUGAUAUAUCCGAUGAGGACAUACCGGAGUCAUUUGAUCCCCGGAAACAAUGGCCAGACUGUUACACCGAUAAGGAGGUCAGAGAUCAGGGAUGUUGUGGUAAGUCAUAA